GACCAACAGGUGGGGGCCACAGGCGUCAGGCAAAUAGGGCAAAAGAACAGGUUGGAUUAUGAUACACGGGUAUGAUAUCACACAAGGGCCAGGUUUGGCCUGUGAUAAAACUCGCUUAAAAGCCCACGCAUCCGCAUACCAACUUUAGUAAGCCUCGGCAGGGGCACAGGGCUGGGUCUGAAGUCCGGGGAAACAAACGGAUUGUGUUUCGUUUUCUGGGGAAGGGCGAGAAAGGAAGAAAGUUUAAACUCGCCCCUAUCAACCACCAUGAGCCGCAUUUUCCGCUCAGGCAUUGCUCGCUCUCGCAUCCACACACAACAACUUUCGCCGCUUCUAAAUCCUUACGCCCACCGCUCCCUCACAACGGCCACCUCAGCGCCUCCACUGCCAAAGUCGCCAUCGCCCCGCAGAGCGCUAUGGUACGCCCGUCUCGGUGUAGCGUUCGUUGCUCAUGGCCUUUUCUGGAGUUUCUUGGGGACGUACAUCGCCGAGCAGACAAUCCCGUUUGCGAGGGCUCUUCAAUCGCCUUCGAUUACGGACUCCGAUGGCACAGCAGUGUUCGAGCGCGCAGCGGAUAAUAAUGCGACAGUCAAGAUUCUGCGGAGUAAUCCAGACUACGAAGAGAUGAACCCGUGGAACACACUGACUGACGAACGGAGGGAGAAGAUAUUGACCGCCGGUUUGCUUGCCGGGAAUGGAAAGAUCCAGUAUAUUCGUGUGUGGGUUAAUAGGAAUGAUGGGAGCACUGUGCUCGUGCUUGGUUUGGGACGGAAGCUUACAGGGUAUCCGGGGACUAUCGUGGGUUGAUUCUGGAUGGAAGUAUCGGGGGCGUUCGCUGAUUGGUGAGAUUUGAUAGCACGGUGGUCUCAUAGCUACGGUAUGCAUUCCGACUCACGAUUAUUUGGCAAGUGGAACUGAUAGCUUCUGGAGCAAAGAUCAUAGAUGAGGCACUUGGAAGAACGGUACGCCUGCUCCGUCACUACGAUCCCCACCCCGACAAGCAUCGAGCAUCCGAUUGACAACUAUCUAGGCACUAAACGUCCUCCCAACCCGCAACGUCGUAACCGCAAAACUAACGUUAACCUACAAACGCCCAACUAUAGCCCAGCGCCCAUCCGAACUCCGACCAAGUCCUAAAGAAUUCGUGGUCCUUAGGACCUGGGUUGUUGAGGUAGGUGACCAGUCUCGAUCAAUACGAGAGCAUCCACCACCCACCGCCGAUUAAUGACCCCUUCGCUAAUAAUGUCGCCGCCAUAGCACACGGACUACAAAGCGAUUGUUCAAGGAAGAUUGGAAGAUGACGAGGGUCGAACGCUUGUAGAGAGCGACGCUGUAUUCGUGGUACCGAAGGGGUGGAAAUUGGCAGAGUUACCGAGAGAGGUCUAGAUCCUUCCGACGUGUAUUUUUGAUCGGUCAACUCAUGGAGGCCGAUCCGACGUUGGGAUAGAUUGGUUUGGCUCCAUGGGUGCCGGUGGUGUGUUAGCGUUGCGAUUUUAUGUGCGAGGGUUCUGUGACAGAUGCAUUUUAAUAUUCCGUUCUUUACCCAUCGUGAAGCAGUCAAGCCGACUCUACUCGUACCGUACCUAAUACCCCAGAUACCACUGGCCGGUGUACGCGCCCUGGUCCCCCGUGAGCCUGGAGAUAUUCAGAAUCUUGGCCGAUAAAACUACACCUACUGAGUAGAUUUGUUGGAUAUAUCCGCUCAAGUGCGCACUAGAGCGCACAAGCAUUGAAAAACUCGCUUCGAACGUUUCCUCACUUGUUGAUUUCUCCUUUCCCUUUUUUCUCAUAGUUCCUAGAGCGUUCAACUCCGCCCCCGGUGUGUCGCAAUCGUGACGUUCUACUACUCCUGCUAUGCGAUUCACUUGACAAAAAUAAAAAAACCCUGCACAAUCUUUGCCACCGUUUUCAAUCUGAUAUGAACCUAGGUUUAGAGCAAGGAAAUCUUUGACUAUGAUAUGACAUCAUGACCUGACUAGAGGCCUCGCGUACUUGGACCUAGGGGCUGGAGAGUAUUAGUAUCAUACGUAGGAUCCAGGUGAGUUGGUAACCGAGCUACAAUAAAUGAGGG